ACAGAUAAAGAUCUUCAGAAUUAUCUACCUGGCACACCACAACAGACAGAGAAAGUGGAAUACUCUGCAACAUGUAAAGCAAAUCCUUCUGAAAGCUAUAUGACCAAAGCUCGCUUCUUGGUUCCACCUGGCCUUGAACAUUUAAGCAAGAUGCAGCAAAUUAUAAUUCAUCAGCAGACAGAGCUCUUGGGGGUUUUUCUUGGUACCGAGAAGAGCAAUAAGUAUGAAAUAAAGGACAACUUUGGACAAAGAUUCUAUUUUGCCACAGAGGAAAAUGAAUAUUUCAAUAAAAAUUUCUGUGGGCCUGUGCGGCCAUUCACCAUGCGGAUUUCUAAUAGCAGAGGUCAGGAAGUAAUCACCAUCAUCCGGCCCUUGAGGUGCAUCCAUUGUUGUUUUCCCUGCUACUUGCAAGAGUUAGAAGUACAGGCUCCUCUUGGUACAACUGCUGGUUUCAUUGUCCAGAAGUGGGAUCCUCUGUUGCCAAAGUUCAUUAUUCAAAACGAGAGCAAAGAAGAUGUACUGAUAGUCAUUGGUCCUUACUUGACAAGCAGCUGUUUCGGAGAUGUAAUUUUUGAGGUGAAGACCCUUAAUGAAGAAUCCACCAUUGGAAAGAUUUGUAAAUACUGGUCUGGAUUUGUCAAUGACGUUUUCACCAAUGCAGAUAAUUUUGGGAUUGAGUUUCCAGUAGACCUGGAUGUAAAACUGAAAGCGGCAUUGAUCGGCACUUGUUUCCUUAUUGAUUUAAUGUACUUUGAACAAUCUUCAGAUGGAAUUUGAUGGCAACUAAACCAAAGCACGGCUGACCAAGGAAAUAAAUUUAUUGCUUUAGCUCCAUUUAUUUGUAUUAAAUUGGCUCCUGUAAGAAAUGUGUCCAGUUUUUCUCAUGCAAGACUAAGGCCCGAUGCACUUGAAUAUGGCAUAGCUAAGCACAUUUAGGGGCUAGUUUAUCAAAUAUCUAAGAAUCUCUCCCAGCAGUUUGAUAUUUUCUCUUUUUCUCAAAACAGCUGUAAGAAAAACAUUACCUGAUAACAAAUGUAUAAGUUACUACUCUUCUUUUGAGAUUCAUUCAGUGUUUUAACGGUAUAAACAAUGGAACUUCUGAGGUACAGGAUGUGUGAAAUACAUAUUAUUAAAAAAUAUGUUCAACUUAAGAUAUUAGGGCUCAUUUGCUAAUGGCAGCGCAAGGUGGAAAAUGCAAAGAACAGGUGCAAGUGGCCUCUAUGGGAGUAGGAAGAACCUGUGGUGCCCCAUAAUAAAGCCCUGCCUGCAUUCACCAUAUUCAUAAGGAGAGGUGGGGGGGCACAAAAGCAUCCCCACUCCUGUCUCUACCUGUCAGGUAAAUUAGGGAGCACUGGCAGAUGCUCUGCACCACACAUCUGAUAUUUAAUCCAGUGUUUUAUAGACACAAAUUUAGUAAUUUGUACUUUGCUAAUCAUAACAUAGGUACAUUACUGUAUAAUGCUAACAGGACAAGAGGGAUCUGCAGUAUAUAAUCCUAGAUUAAUUGUAGAUAUCCCCUUUUAUUUUGUACAAGAAUCUAAUCCACUGGAAGGUAGUUCUUUUAUCUGGCACAUUUCCCCUGCUGAGAAAAAGUUUGUUAAUGUCUCCCGUUAAUAUUGCGAAACUCCAAAAUUAAUCAGUGAGUUGUGUAAAAUGGCAUAUGUGUAAAUGUUUAUCCAUGGCGGUAUCAAAACUUUCAGCCAUUAUCUGCAGACUUCCCAGGCACACACAAGCUUUACAAAUGUUAAACAUUUUAUUGCUGUUGUUUCAGAGCUGCCAAUUAUUCUUUUAUGCAAAAUGUUUACUUUUUCUGUAUUAGUCACGUCCUGGGUUGUUGUUGCCAGAAGUUAAUAUGUUCCUGUUGCGAAAGCAAUGAAAUGAUCAUUAUACAGGUAUAAUAAAUUAACCC